CAUUUGGGGGAUAUCUGUACUGUGCUGACAUUUUGGGGGGAUAUCUGUACUGUGCUGACAUUUGGGGGAUAUCUGUCCUGUUCUGACAUUUGGGGGAUAUCUGUCCCGUCCUGACAUUUGGGGAUAUCUGUCCCGUCCUGACAUUUGGGGGAUAUCUGUACUGUGCUGACAUUUGGGGGAUAUCUGUACUGUCCUGACAUUUGGGGGAUAUCUGUACUGUGCUGACAUUUGGGGGAUAUCUGUACUGUCCUGACAUUUGGGGGA